AUGAGUUGGAUAUGCAAAAGUGACUUGAGAAACCGCAAUAAAGAAAUUAUCAAAAACAAAAGUCAAACCAUUUGUGUUGUUAAAACAGAUCUUCCUAUAGUCGAAUGUAACAUGAUGAUGCAAUUAGGGUCGUUGAUGAUGGAUCAAGUUGGAAUGAAGAUUGAAAAAGCAAUGGAGAGUGAUGACACGCUUCAAGAUUUACUCAUUUAUGGAGCAAAUUUGACUUUUGUGGAUUUCAGUGAUGUCACGUUCUAUGAGAUGGAAAUGAAAGGACAAAAACCAGUUUACGAUGGAUGGAUGGAAGAGCAUCAUUGGAGCCUACAGGUGGAGGUGGAAGGUGGAAUACAGGAUGCCAAGCUACUGAAAGGCAAAUCUAUUGUGUUUGGAUCAGUCAUACCAAGAGAGUUUGAGACUAUUAGCAGAGACAAAUGCGGUUGUCGAAAUGCACAAUCAUGGUGGUUGUAUCAUGGAUUUCACAUCCCUCAAUAUCGCAUUGCUGUUGGAGGGGGGUUUCUUUUCAGCUCUUCAUUUGAUAAAACAGUCAAUGUAUGGUCUCUCCAAGGUCUUAAUCGCAUACAUACAUUCAAGGGUGAUGAACAUAAGGUAAUGGCUAUAGUUUAUGUAAACAGAGAAGCUCCAAUUUGCAUUAGUGCUGAUAAUAGGGGUGAGAUUUUCAUCUGGGCCAUUAAAGUUCCAUUUAAGGAGAAUGCUUUCAAAAGAUUGAAUGAGGAAAAAGAUUAG